ACACAGUAAUAUAGUAUUUUAUUUAGGAUUGGAGGAUUUUGAUUACUUGGACAAUAUUUCACGAUGUACUCUUCAAGACAAUCAGUCAGGCUAAACAUACCGGUUUUAAUCGCGUUGUUUGUCAUUAUGGUAAACGGGAUCAAUGUUCAAGCAGAUGCUAGCAAAUGCAACAACAACAAUACCUGUCACGAAGACGCCACUUGUAAAAACACAACUGGGAGUCUUGUUUGCACAUGCAACCCGGGUUAUAGCGGAAAUGGGAUACAUUGUGAUGAUAUCAACGAAUGCGAUGCCAGCCCUUGCCAUUUUGACGCCGAUUGUCAAAACACGAACGGAAGUUAUAACUGUACAUGUAAACUUGGAUACAACGGAAAUGGAAAAUUUUGCAGUGACCAAAUCGUUUGUGAACCGACUGUUAAGUGCCAUACUUAUGCAACGUGUGCUAAAUCUGGUGGUAAGGACGUCUGUGUAUGUUCAGCAGGAUACUCUGGAAAUGGAACUUACUGUGAAGAUAUCAACGAAUGCGAUAUCCACCAUAAUUGUCAUGUUAACGCCAUUUGCCGAAACACAAACGGGAGUUUCAACUGUACUUGUAAACAUGGAUACGAAGGAGACGGAAUACUUUGCGCUGAAACCAACAAAUGCAAUAUUUCGUGUCAUUUGAACGCGUCAUGUACAAAUACAACCGGGAGUUAUAAUUGCACUUGUAACUCUGGAUUUAGUGGAAAUGGAACACAAUGUUAUGAUAAGGACGAGUGUGAGAUCAAGGAUUCGUGCGAUGAAUACGCUCUUUGUAAUAAUACAGCUGGUUCUUUUAUAUGUGCUUGUAAGUCUGGAUUUUCCGGUGAUGGUCGCAAUUGUACAGACAUGGACGAAUGUAUAAUUGAGGAUCCUUGUGAUGUAAAUGCUAUGUGUAAUAAUACAGUUGGAUCUUUUAAAUGCGAAUGCAAUUCUGGAUAUUUCGGUGAUGGCUUGUCUUGUGCAGAAACCAACAAAUGCAAUAUUUCGUGUCAUUUAAACGCGUCAUGUACAAAUACAACUGGGAGUUAUAGUUGCACUUGUAACUCUGGAUUUAGCGGAAAUGAAACAGAAUGUUAUGAUAAGGACGAGUGUGAGAUCAAGAAUUCGUGCGAUGAAUACGCUCUUUGUAGUAAUACAGUUGGGUCUUUUAUAUGUGCUUGUAAGUCUGGAUUUUCCGGUGAUGGUCACAAUUGUACAGACAUGGACGAAUGUAUAAUUGAGGAUCCUUGUGAUGUAAAUGCUAUGUGUAAUAAUACAGUCGGAUCUUUUAAAUGUGAAUGCAAUUCUGGAUAUUUCGGUGAUGGCUUGUUUUGUGCAGAAACCAACAAAUGCAAUACUUCGUGUCAUUUGAACGCGUCAUGUACAAAUACAACCGGGAGUUAUAAUUGCACUUGUAACUCUGGAUUUAGCGGAAAUGGAACAGAAUGUUAUGAUAAAGACGAGUGUGAGAUCAAGGAUUACUGCGAUGAAUACGCUCUUUGCAAUAAUACUGUUGGGUCUUUAUAUGUGCUUGUAAGUCUGGAUUUUCCGGUGACGGUCGCAAUUGUACAGUGUCUUCAACAGAAAAAUGAAGUAACAAUUUUAUCUAAAUAG